AUGUGGCCUGCAGCUUUCCACGCAACGUCAAUAUCGCGCGCCCCGAUCAAAGACCCAUACAAGGCCCUAGGAGUCGGCAAGAGCGCCUCAGCGUCCGAUAUCAAAAAGGCCUACUACGGCCUCGCGAAGAAGUUCCACCCGGACACGAACAAAGACCCGCAAGCCAAAGACCAGUUCGCCGAAAUACAGUCCGCCUACGAGAUCCUCUCGGAUCCCAAGAAGAAGGAGCAAUACGAUCAAUUUGGCGCUGCCGCCUUCGACCCCAACGCUGGGCCGGGCGGCCCGGGCGGUGACCCGUUCGGAGGGGCGGGCGGUCCAUUCUCGGGCUUCGGAGGCUUCGGUGGAGGCGGUGGUGGUUUCGGUGGCCAGGGCUUCAACUUUGACGACAUUUUCAGCCAGGCCUUUGGAGGCGGCGCGAGGAGGGGCGGGAGGAAUCCCUUCCAGCAGGAGACGGCUGUGGUCGGUGACAACAUCGAGGUGCAGGCGACCAUAUCCUUUAUUGAGGCCGCCAAGGGGACGAGCAAGACCAUUACCGUCACGCCCCUGGUAUCGUGCGGCACCUGCAGUGGCAGCGGUUUGAAGGAGGGUGCAAAGCGCAGUACAUGCCAGAGCUGCGGUGGCAGUGGCACGCGGGUACAUUUCAUGUCAGGCGGUUUCCAGAUGGCUUCGACGUGUGGCGCCUGCGGUGGGUCUGGAUCGACGGUCCCCAAGGGCUCACAAUGCAAGCCCUGCAAGGGUGACGGCGUGGUGAGAGAGCGGAAGACGCUGACGGUGGACAUCCCCGGUGGCAUCGAAGAUGGCAUGAGACUACGGGUGGACGGUCAGGGUGAUGCGCCUGCCAUGGGUGCUGCCGCAGCGCCCGGCGCGAGGGGUAUCAAGGGCGACCUUUUUGUGUUCGUGCGUGUCGCACCAGACCAGAAGUUUAGCAGAGCCGGUUCCGAUAUUCUCUAUACGGCCACGAUACCCUUCACGACGGCACUGUUAGGUGGAGAGGUCACGGUGCCGACCCUGGAUGGCCAGGUCAAUGUCAAGGUUGCAACCGGCACGGCGACGGGCGACAAGAUGACCUUGGCUGGUAUGGGAAUGAAGAAGCUGAACGGCCGUCGCGGGGGUUCAGGGGAUCUGAAGGUGGAGUUCAAGGUGAACAUGCCAAAGUACCUCACGGCCAACCAGCGGACGCUCAUAGAAAUGCUGGCGGACGAGGUGGGUGACAAGACGGCGAAAAGGGUCAUGAUCAAGCCCUCGGGCGGGUCAGGGACAGCAACCAACAACAGUGCAUCAAAAACAGCAGAGGACCACCAGAACGAAGGGUUUCUGAAGUCAAUAUGGCACAACCUGACCAACCACCCAGCCCACCGACAAGGCAAUGAGUCCGACGGCAAGUCCGACGGCAAGACCGACGGCACGAACAAGACAAACGGAGAGAAGAAGGAAUAA